GCUUCUGAUUCGUAUCAGAGGAAUUGAUCACCCAAGAUGAAGUUUGAGAACCUGUUGGCUGAGGUUGGAGGAUUUGGAAAAUACCAGUUCUGCCUCAUGGCUCUUCUGGUGAUUCCAAGGGUAACGCUGCCAUGUCACUUCCUGCUGAACAACUUUAUCGCCGCCAUCCCAUCUCAUCACUGCGACAUUAGCUCUCUGAGUGCUGAUGGCAUCUUUGGGAAUCUGACUCAGGAGGAGAGACUGACUGUGGGUGUUCCAGCACAGGAAGACGGGACUCCUGCUUCCUGUCACAUGUUUUCUCAUCCUCAGUUUCAGCUGCUGAUAAACUCCUCCAGCAGCUCAGAUCUUCCAGUAGUGGAGUGUCAGAAUGGAUGGCGCUUUGAUAACAGCACCUUUAAAUCAACCUUGGCUACUGAGUUUGAUUUGGUGUGCGACAGAAGAGGUCUGAAUAAAGCCACAGCGACCAUUUUCUUUGCUGGGGUGAUGAUUGGAGCGGCCAUCUUUGGGUGGUUGACUGACAGGUUUGGUAGGAAACGAAUGCUGAUGUUGGCUUACCUGAUAUCCAUUACAUUUGGGGUGGCCAGUGCCUUCGCUCAGUCCUUCAUCGUGUUUGCUAUUAUGAGGUUCUUCACUGGAAUGGGCCUUACAGGCAUCAGCAUCAUCUCCAUUGUCCUGUGCAUAGAAUGGGCGGAUAUUGCACAUAGGACGAUUGCUGGUGUUAUGAUCAGUUUGGAUUGGUCUCUCAGCUGUAUGAUAUUAUCAGGCGUUGCUUAUCUUGUGAAUGACUGGAGGGCUCUGAUCCUCACAGUAACUGCUCCAAUCGCACUGGCUAUGAUCACAUGGAGGUGGCUCCCAGAGUCAGCACGAUGGCUAAUAGCCAAUGGAAAACUGGAAGAGGCUCAUUUUUAUCUGAGCAAAUGUGCUUCGGUCAAUAAUAGACAACACAACCUCAGAGAUAUCAAACCAGAGACCCUCGCUAAUGUUAUAAUAGCUGACAGAGGUGACAGGACAUAUUCAUAUCUGGAUCUUGUGAGGUCUUCAAAGAUGCGGAAACUGGCUAUGCUUACAGGAAUCACCUGGUUUGGAGUGGCGUUUACUUACUACGGCAUCAGUUUUAACAUCAGCGGCUUUGGGCUGAACCUCUACCUGACUCAGUUUAUUUACGGUGCCAUAGAGCUGCCAUCAAAACUGGUUGCAUAUGUGUGCCUUGAUAAACUGGGCCGGAGAUACAGUCAGGUGGGAACGAUGAUUACAACAGGGGUCUGCAUUGGCAUCACUGUCCUCAUUCCCAGAGUUUUGUGGGUGCCUCGUACUGUCAUCGCUGUACUGGGUAAAGGAUUCUCAGAGGCCUCUUUCACAUGUGUUUUUCUCUAUACCACUGAACUCUACCCGACUGUGUUACGGCAGAAUGGAUUAGGCUACAGCUCGUUCAUUGGCCGUGUGGGUGUGUCUCUCGCUCCUCUCGUGAGUCUCCUGGAUGAGGUCUGGCUUCCUCUGCCACAGGUCUUGUUUUGCUCUGUUGCCAUUGUUGCAGGCCUCCUUGCACUUUUGCUUCCUGAGACCCACAAUGUGCGGCUUCCUGAGACUAUUGAGGACAUUGAGAAAACUAGGAAAAGAUCAGUGUGUUCACAACUGGAAUAUCAGCCUGGAUUGGAAACCUUCAAGGAGACAAAAUGAAUUUGACUCGAGAAGAAAAUGAAUCUAAUAAAAGAUUUUAUUCAU